AUGCACGGCUCGCCCUGCUCGGACAUGGGAGAUGCUCCCGCGGUUGACAUUGUGGACAUCUAUGAGUCUAUCCGUGAACGGCAGCGUCAUGACAGUGAAAGGUCCACCUGCAGCACCUUGGAGCAGAACGACAUUGAAGCUGUUGAAGCCCUUGUUUGCAUGAGCUCCUGGGGUCAAAGAUCACAGAAAGGUGACAUAUUAAAGAUAAGGCCCCUCACGCCCUUCUCGGAUUCUGGGGAUUACACAAUGCACGCAGAGGCUGCGGCUGAAUUACCAAAGGACUACCUAUCAACGCUGUGCAUGACGCCUCCGCACAGCCCUGACUUGAUUGAGAUAUCGGCAGCCACGCUCCUGUCCUCACAAGUCACUUACUCCAAGCCAAGGACUGUCAUGGCAAAUACAGCUGCCUGCUCAGUCACGUCAGUGACCGGUGCCUCUCCCAUAACCAAGCCAUCUGUUCUCAGCGUGGGGCAGCAGUGCAGUCAGAAGCCAGUGAUCUCUGAAUCCUCCUCACCUCAGCCUUGCAGGGCCAUGGCAACAAGUGUCAUACGUCACACAGGUGAUAGUUCUGCUUGCCAUCACAUUCCUGCCCUGCAAGAGAAAACAAGUGUAACUUCAGGCUACAGCACUUCCAGAGACUGGUGUGGAGCGGAUGACCGAAAACAUUCCAGACUGCCACAGGACACGUGUGUUGUGGAUGAUUUAAUCAACAAAACCUCUCCAGUACAUCAGCCUUAUGCACAUGACUCCAGUGAUAUUGUGACCAAUAAAGGGCAACUGCCAGUCCGGCCUGUUUCACCGCAAACCUACUUACCAAAGAACUGUGAGAAUGACUUGCAAAAAAGAGCUACCCCAGUGACACCUGCCCCUGUCUCAAGUCCCCAAGUUCUCUGUCAGAUGAUCCCUUUAAAUGGACAAAGCAGCAUGAUUAAUGCUUAUGUCAAGCCUUCAGCACCAGCACUCUCAACAACCGUGAAACCUAUUUUACCGCAGAGAGCCCCUCUCUCUCAGCCUGUGCUCAUGGGACCUUCUGUGCCUCAGGGGACUGUCAUGUUGGUUCUCCCGCAGCCCGCUGUCACACAGACACCGCAGUGCCCACAGACCGUGGUCACUGUUGGCAGCACCAAGUUACUGCCCCUCGCCCCUGCCCCUGUGUUCAUCGCUUCUGGUCAGACCUGCGCCCCCCAGAUGGACUUCUCCAGGCGGAGGAAUUAUGUCUGCGACUUCCCCGGCUGCAAGAAAACCUAUUUCAAAAGUUCCCACCUCAAAGCCCACCUUCGCACCCACACUGGAGAAAAACCUUUCAGCUGCAACUGGGACGGCUGCGACAAGAAGUUUGCCCGCUCGGAUGAGCUGUCACGGCACCGCAGGACGCACACGGGGGAGAAGAAGUUCUCCUGCCCGGUGUGCGAGCGCCGCUUCAUGCGCAGCGACCACCUGACAAAGCACACCCGCCGACACAUGACCACCAAGAAGACCCCCAGCUGGCAGACAGAGGUUGGCAAGCUCAGCAGAAUUGCCACAGCAGAGAAACCCAAGGGCAGCAGCGCUCUGAGCAUGCUCAUCCCUGUGCCAUCACCUGUCUGCCAGGGCUAAGGUGAAGAAGCACCUUCCUGCAAACUUCCUGCGGAUAGGAGGAGCUCCGAUGGCAACAACAGAAUGGGCCAUGGCUUUUGUUUUCCCCGUGUUUGUGUGUACCUUAGUUUCCUGCAGUUUAGGUCCUCUGUUGAUAGUGCUUUGUGAGAAAUCUAUCAUAUUUCCUCGUUCCUUCCCUGUUUUUUUUUUUUUUUUUUCCUUGGGCAAUUGCAAUCACCAGCACUUCAGGAAAGUAGAACUCUUUGGAAAUGAUUUUGGCAAUAGGUUAAAAAAAUUACUUGUAAUGCUUGCUGUUAAUAUUUUGAUGGACAGUAAAACAGGGCGGUUUUUAAUUUUUAUAGUACUAUUUUCUAUACCAAAUAUAUUUUGUAUUUGUUCAUUUUGGUAUUGUUAUGCAGGCAAAUUACUUGCAUUAGUAGGGUUGUGCUGGAUAAGAGCCAGAGUUUUGGAAAUUCCGUUUCAGUAAACCUAAACUAUUGCAUUCAGAGUGUUUUGUAAACACUUAUCAUUUGUUAACUCAUACUGGUUGGUGUUUCCACACUAGCAAAUCCUGAUCCUGCAAUGGGGUCUUUAUACUCUCCUUAUGCAGGUAGAUUGGAGAUCAAAGUGAGUCAGUAAUUUUUAAAACAAACCAAAACAGAAUGACCUUAUUUGAGAACACAAAUGCUUAAAUUCUCAACAUUUUAUGAAUUCAUACCCUUGGCAAAUAGAAGCUGAUGUGGCUGUUGGUAGAAGCAUUCCCAAGUCUACACUGGAACAAAGUUUGGAGGAGCCAGACUGCUCUGAUGGAGGUAGAAGCACAAACACCAUUUAUAAAUUUUGACACUAAAAAUUAUGCUUUAUUUUUGGUCCUACUAAACCAACAUAUCAAAAUAAACUGAAAAACGCAAAGUGGCAAGAUAGCCCAUGAAAAAAUAGUGGGUCUCUCUUUAUAUUUUUUGAAUAGAGGAGAAAUAAAAAAUUAAAGGGUUUUUUUUUUGUAUUGUGGAUGCUUGUGCACCUUAUAGAAAAUUGUUCAAGGCUUUCUUUUACCUAUAUCAAUGCACCAGAGGAAGU